AUGGUUAAACCCUUUUUCCAUUUUCUGCCUGGUUCUGUUGUGUGUUUUGCCGCUCACCAUUUCUCAGUUAAAGCUCAACAAGAAUGGGCUGCUGCUAAAGGGCUCAAUGCUAAGGCAGCCAAAGAAAUUCUGGAUUUGAGGAAUUGUAAAAAUGAUCCAUGGACAUUAGAUUUACAUGGUCUUCAUGCAGCAGAAGCAGUUAAAGCAUUGCAUGAACAUUUAAUGAGUGUUGAAACCCUACUAUCACCGCACUGUUUAGAAGCACAGCAAGUAAUGGUAAAGGAAUCCAGCGUGUCAGUUGCUGCAUCUGCACAAUCAUCUGGUCAGCUUGAGAUGGAGAAGUUCGGGAGACGGCACCCAACUUCUAGGCAGAGGAUUACAUUGUUACAAGUUAUAACAGGAAAGGGUAAUCAUAGCCGGGGAUCAGCUGCACUCCCAUCAGCUGUCAGAAACUUUCUCAGUGAGAAAGGGUAUAGUUUCGAUGAGACUAGACCUGGGGUUAUAAUGGUACGACCCAAGUUUCGGUUGCGAUGAGCCAUUGGUGUCCCAUUUGAAAAAGAAUAAACUGUGCUACAGUGAGCUGGUGGUAUGUGAAUAUAUAUUGAUUACUAUUAUGCAAUCUAAUUUCUCCUAUGUUGGGGUUGACUGAACUACCAUAAGGAAAUUCAUUGCUGGAAGCUGCUGUUGUCAGUGGAGGCACAUGUAACGAACAUACAAUAUUUAUGGUGUGAAUUAGUGUUAGCUGAGAUAGUACAGUUGGUCAUGUUUAGCUAGUUACUCUUACAGAUAUAUCAUGAGUUUAGUGGUUUAAACAUAGAAUACUGUACAUGUACUACAAGGUUAGCAUUUCAGAACAGGAUUUAGUUUUAUGACUCAAUAGCCCUGAAUCAUGAUUAUUUUGUUAGCACUAUUAAACCAAGUGAUGUUAAGGUA